GAAAAAAUAUUAGACAAUAAUAGAGAAGUUCUGUUUGAAGAACUAAAAAUUUUAACGUGGUUAAAGUUAAAUAAUUGCGAUUUAUUUGAAAUUCCAAGAGGACUAAAACAUUGCCAAUAUUUAAAAAGGUUAUCAGCAAAGAAUAACUGCCUUACAGGGCUUCCUUCUCCUGGUCAACUUUUCUUUUUAGAGGGUUUAAAUGUAAGAAGUAAUCAGCUUUCUAAAAGCACUGCCGAAAUGUACUUUGAACAUUUAACAGAAUUAAAUUUUAGCUAUAACGGUUUUAAAUCAUUUCCGCUGGACUUAGUUAAUCAAAAGAAACUGCGAGCGCUUUCCCUUGCAAAUAACUCCAUUCCCUCAAUUUCCAUUGAGUUUUUCGAUGCUGCAACGGAAUUGCGAUACUUGGAUCUCUCCGACAAUGAAAUUACUGCCAUACCUGCGGCCAUACGACGACUCGAGGGGAAGCUGUUCCACCUGUCUCUAGCCAAUAAUCCACGUUUAGAAAAAGAUCGGCUGCGAUCCGUUCUUUGCGGACUGACUAACCUAGUCUCUCUGAAUCUCGCUGGUACUGGCCGUUCGGAAUCUAGUCUUAGCGAAUUAAGGAAUCUUUCGAAACUGACAUACCUUGAUUUGUCCAACAACGCACUGAGCAGCGUCCCUGAAGCACUUUUCGAACUUAAUAAUCUCAAACAUUUGAAGCUUAACAAAAAUAAAAUCUCUUCGUUUACAGUAAAAAAGGAUUCAUCGGUUUCCGAAUUAACGAGUCUCAAUUUGUCUCAUAAUAAACUUGAAAAGCUCGACGAAAGUAUUGGCUGUCUCGUGAAGCUGGAAAACUUUUACAUCAGCAAUAACAAACUUUCAGCGCUUCCUGCUUCUUUCGGUUUUCUGAAAGAACUCCAUUGUCUUUACAUUAACAGCAAUACUUUCUGCGAGUUUCCUCUUAUAAUCACGCACUGUUCCAAGCUUGUGGAACUGCACAUGUGCUUCAACCUUCUAACUCGAGUACCUCCUGACAUCUACUGGCUAACAGAACUGGAGGUCUUUUCUACCUUCGGAAAUGUGGGACUGACCAUCCCUCCGUAUCUCUGCGCACACUUCACUUUCUCAACUCCAGCAUUCUCGCCUUAUUCUUUAGGCGCCCCAAGCAACUCGACACCUUGGCCGAGUUUUAUCAUGUGGACUUCACAAGUGCUAAAGAUGAAGUUGAGCGAAUCGGAGAACAGGACGAUGAGAUAAUAGAAGAGGAAAGGGAGGAAGUUCUAUUUCUGCACAAGGCAGAGGUAUUUGCACGAGCACAACGAGGCUACAGCGCGGAGGAUGGAGGAAACGGCACAAAUGCACUCCACUUCAGGGAGGGCGAA